AUGGGAGUUUCUUACAAUGAGCUUCUUAAAGCUACCGAUGGAUUUAAUGAUUCCACCAACUUGCUUGGUAUUGGAAGUUUUGGUUCUGUGUAUAAGGGAAUUCUUCAAAAAGAUGAAUCAAAACCGGUUGCUGUGAAGGUUUUACACCUUCAACAAAGAGGUGCAACCAAGAGUUUCAUGGCUGAAUGUGAUGUCCUGAGGAAAGUUAGACAUAGAAAUUUACUAAAAAUUGUAACUUGUUGCUCAAGUAUUGAUUUUCAUGGUAAUCCGUUCAAAGCUCUAGUUUUUGAGUUCAUGGGUAAUGGGAGUCUAGAUCAUUGGCGGCACUCAACUGUUAGCGAUACAAACAAUGAUGAUCCACUACAUGAGAAGAAUUUGAAUAUGGAAAGAAGACUGAAUAUUGCUGUCGAUGUUGCUUCUGCAUUAAAUUAUCUUCACCAAUUAAUACGGAAUGGGAAGCGAAGUGUGUACAGUUAUGGGAUUCUUUUGCUAGAGAUGUUUACAGGAAGGAGACCCACUGAUAACAUGUUUACGGGUGGUCUAAACAUUCAUAAUUUCUGUAAGAUGUAUUCGUUGCCAGAGCACAUUGAGAAGAUAAUCGAUUCACGUUUGUUAUUGGAUGUAGAGGGAGAACAUCAUGAUGAGAGCACAAGAGAUACGAUAAGACAAAUCAUGUCUACUAUAAUUAAGAUUGGAGUGAAAUGUUCUUCAGAAUUUCAUUCAAACAGAAGCAGCAUGAAUGAGGUUAUUGUGGAUGUAGAAGCGGUUAAGAAUGAGUUUCAUAGUGUUGGAAUGUAA